AUCAAACCACCAACACACCCAAACCUUCGAUGACACAUGUUCUCACCCAACCCAAGUGUCACUCUUUCUUCCUCGGAUUUUGAUUUUUCUAUAGCCUCAUACGUUAUCAAUUUUCAGCAUCUGGGUUUCUUUCUCUCUCUCCAAAAUCGAAUCUUUCCUAUCUGGGUCAUUGGAUUUGCCUUUUCAACUUGCUGAUGAUGUUAUUAACAGGGGUUUAGUGCUCGUUGCGAUGCUUCCUGAGUUGAUUGCGUAAUGGCAUGUCACAAUGAGUGCUUUGAAUAGGAGCAUUUCGUUCAACAGGACUGCAUCCUUCAAUCGAAGGGCUCUCAGUAUUGGAAGUCCAAAAAUUGAUCGUAAUCGUUUCGGAUGGGUCUCUCUGAGAUUUCAGGUCCUUGUGAUCAUUGGGUCUGUGAUUUCCUUCUUUCUAGCCGUUGGUUGUGGCUACAUAUAUGUGCUUCCUAGCCUUAGCCACGCGUUUUUUCAUGGCCAAGGUUUCUUCUCUGACCAUAACAAUGAAUCACUGAGAAACUGUGAUGUCUCUGAUGGAAGCUGGGUCCAGGUACCAGGAUACCCCUUGUACAAUGCCACAGAGUGUCCUUUUGUGGAACAAGGAUUCGAUUGUUUAGGGAAUGGAAGGAGUGAUAGGGAUUAUCUUAGUUGGAGGUGGAAACCUAAGAGUUGUGAUAUUCCAAGGUUUGAUGUGCGCGGUGUUUUGGAAAUGUUAAGAAGCAAAAGGGUUGUUUUUGUUGGCGAUUCAAUGAGUAGAACACAGUGGGAGUCUAUGAUUUGCAUGCUGAUGGCUGGAGUUGAGGAUAAGAAGAGUGUUUAUGAAGUGAACCAGAAUAAGAUAACAAAGCGUAUUAGGUUCUUAGGGGUUCGGUUCAGUGCCUUCAAUUUUACCAUUGAAUUUUUUCGCUCGGUUUUCCUGGUGCAGCAGGGUCCUGUGCCUAAACAUGCACCAAGGAGGGUCAAAUCAACACUUAUAUUGGACAAGUUAGAUGAUAUAAGUGACCAGUGGGUUAAUUCAGAUGUUCUGAUAUUCAACACUGGACAUUGGUGGGUGCCAUCUAAGCUCUUCGAUGUGGGUUGCUAUUUCAAGGUUGGAAGCUCUCUGAAACUUGGGAUGUCAAUUCCUGCUGCCUUUAGAAUAGCACUUGAAACUUGGGCAUCAUGGGUUGAGAGAGAGAUUAAUACAAAUAGAACUCGCGUCUUCUUUAGGACUUUUGAGCCAUCUCACUGGAGUGAUCAAACCCGUAGAACUUGCAAUGUGACCCGGUACCCCACAUUAGAAACUAAUGGAAGGGAUAAAAGCUUGUUUUCAGACUCGGUUUUGGAAGUUGUAAAUAAUGUUACUGUUCCUAUAAAUGUUCUCCGUGUUACUUCUAUGUCAGCUUUCCGGAGUGACGCGCAUGUUGGUAACUGGACUGACAUUCCAUCUGUUCAGGAUUGUAGCCACUGGUGUCUACCUGGAGUGCCUGAUAUGUGGAAUGAAAUUAUCCUGUCCCAACUUUUUCCUGAAUAUGAAAUCACUCUUCGGCCUGUGGAAUCACACAGUGCUGAUCAGAGAGACUAACAUUCUUAGUACUUACAAGCCUACCUCAAAAAAUUCAGAUGCUUCAUAAGAAGUAUGGAUCAGAUUUCAUCCCCAUGCUAACAUUAUAAAUCUGGAGCCAUCUCCUCAUUCUCCAAUUGCUGACCUCUGCCAUCUACCACGGUUUUCUGCAAUACUCAAAAUUGCAUCAGAUUUUGUGAAAGUAAGCCCCACAUAACCAUUAAGAUUGUAUUUGUACCAGGUUGUCUAAAACAGAUAGUAAUUUUUUGAUUAAUUUUCCAAUUCUUUGUAUCUCAGAAAAGGUGUUGUCUGGGAUGUGACAGAUUUGUCUGCAUGUCAUGGCUUUUGAUUUUGAUCAUGACAAGCUGUUGUUCUCCAUAACAAAAGUGAAAGAGAAGAAUAGUACGAAUCACUCAAUUUCCUUUUCCAGAUUGCCCUGUUUUCAUAAUGUCAUAUUGCUCUUUAUUUGAAUGAAAUCGUGGUUAAAUUUCUGCUUCUCCGUUUUUCUUUUGGCCUAGAGAGAGAGAGAGAGGCACCAUUCUGAUAGGAUUGGUCAUGGGAUGACGCCUAUUCAGAUCCUUGAUGUUUAUCUCUGUAUUCUGCACAAUACAUUGGGUUAAGAACAACCCAUAGAUAGGGUGGAGACCAAUCCACUC